AAAAUCAGAGCAAGCAUAAGAACUACUUUUACUACUUCAGCUAUCGCCAUAUUGGUUACUUUAUGUGUGGCUUGACUGCAUAAAUACAGAUUUUGCCCAAGCGUGCAACAAGAAAUUAAUGUGAAUAUUUAUGAUACCUUUUAAGUCACUAUCUCUUCUACCCUAAAUUGUUUUAAUAAACAAUUUCUUUCCUGGCACAUGUGUGUUACCGCAACCAAAAUGCUCUUCCUUCAAUAAGAGCUGAAUCUAUUGAUUCCUUGAAAAGGUUAUAAUUCUUGUGGUAGUGCACUGGCAAAGUUAUACUGAGAUAACAUGUCGAUGCUGUAGGUCGACACCUGCAGCAUUCUGGGCAACCAUGCUUAAAUUUUGCUGUUAUUUUCUUUGGUAACCCAAGAGGAGGAAUAUGUUCACUUCCAGUAAUAAACUUACGUAAAACACUUAGCGGGUUACCAUUGCUUUCUAUAAAGGAACUAGGGAUCCAAGGAUAGUGUAAAGUUUCAAAUUUAAAAAGACACUGCAAGAACUACAUAGGGUCGCCGACAACCUAGAAAAGCUUGAUGGCUUACACUACGAAAUAAACAGUUACCAAAGGCAUUUCAUCUCAUUAUUUAUUGCUUUUAAUACGCUCGGCACACGAGUAGCGUGACGUUUGAAACAAGCCUAACACAUCAGAAACGUGCCUUGUGAAACUGAUACAAUUAAUCUAUUUAUUGUGUCACCAACAACCAAAUUUUGCAUAUUCUAAAUUUUCAUUUGCAUUUGCAGCUGUCGCUGAAAGCAACCUCACGAGGCUACUGCUAUGCUAAAUUUAUCUAAUAAACUAUAAUUGAAAUGGCUGUAUAAGAUAUGUUAUGAAUAAUAAGCACUAUGUCGUUACAUCAUUAAAAGACGUAUUUUAUCCGCAUAUCCGUUCCGUGAAUCCGCUCCAUCCGCUUCCGCAUUUUAACUUAAUUGUGACAUGUUUCACAAUAACAAGUUUCAUUGACCUUUGACUUUUCCCAGUGUGACGUGUGUCUAUUUUUAGCUUUUCGCAUGUGUUGAAUAUAAAUAUCACUUUAGAUUUCAAUAGUUUCACAGUUAUAGCAGUGUUUAAAACAUUUUUGACAAGCUUUGAUACAGUUCUGUGUACAGAAUACUACAGAUUGAUUCUCGUAAGAUCUGGUAGUGUUAUUGUUGCACUGAAUACGAGUUUGCACCGUUGACAACGGCGUUGUGCUAGACACUAGACAGUAAACAAAGACAAGGACCGUGAAUGUACAUGUUGGCUACAUGUACCUCCUUGCUUUUUUCUUCUAUUGCAUAAAGCUUGUUGGCAAGCCAAUUAAGCGAUUAGCGAUAACAAGUUGGCGAUAACACCUAAACACGUUGGCUAUCUCCUCGUCUUUCUUAUUUAUGCAAUGAGCUCUGACUCAACUGAUUCCUUUAGUCUCGUAAGUUUUUUUCUUCGUAAACGCCGUACAAACGCUUACCCGCUUGUGUUUAAUAGUUGUUUAUGCUUUAUUGAUCUGAUACAAAUCUGAUGCAAUUUUUCGCUCUUUGUACUGAGUAUAGCCAUCUAUUCUGUGAUGUAGCACCUUACACAGUCAAUGAGCAUGUAUAAUGAAGACACGGUCUUAAUAAUAUCGACGGUAAUGCAUAACAUCAAUUUAUAUAUUGUAUUACUAUUAUUGCGUAGAAUCUCAAAGAUUUUCUCAAAUGUUUAUAUACUUGAAAACAACACUGUCUCGCUUCUGCCUGCACGUACUGUACCUCUGUAUAUAAAUGAGUAUGCCGUGAAAAAAUAAUAUCGGCACUCAAUUGAAUGCCUAGAAGCAAGAUUUUCGACUCAAUAUUUACCUCUGAAAUGUUUAUACACUUAACUGCACUGUCUAGGCGGUCUAGCUCCUUCCUAGCUCUGUAUAAUGAAUAUACCGUCUAAAUAUUACCGGCACUUAUUAAAUUGAACGCCCGUAAUGCAUAAGAUCAAUUUAUAUAUUGUGUACAUUUUCAAAGAUUUACUCAAUAUUCACGUCUGAAAUCUUUAUAUACUUGAAAACAACACUGCCUCGCUUCUGCCUACGUACUGUACCUCUGUAUAAUGAGAAUACCGUGAAAAUAAUAUCGGCACUCAAAUGAAUGCCUAAGAAUCAAGAUAUUCAACUCAAUAUUUACGUCUGAAAUGUUUACACACUUGACUGCACUGUCUAGCUCCUUCCUAGCUCUGUAUAAUGAAUAUACCGUCUAAAUAUUAUUGGCACUUAAUUGAACGCCCGUAAUGCAUAAGAUCAAUUUAUAUAUUGCGUAGAUUUUCAAAGAUUUUCUCAAUAUUCACGUCUGAAAUCUUUAUACAUCUGAAAACAACACUGUCACCCCUUCCUAGCAUAUCGUGACGCCAUUGUGAUCUACGGCUUGAUAGCGCAUGCGCAUUUGCGCUACUAAAGAAAAAAAUCGGGUGUUCCGGGGUAAAAAUCCUUUACACAACAUGAGAAGCGAAUGGUCUAAAAUUUACAAAAAAUUACAAUAACGAAAGCGAUUCCUCGAAAUUUUUGUGAACUUGGCAAAAGGAUAACAGAAUAUGUAAAUAAGUUAACUGAAAUUGCCUAAAUAACCUUCAAAGUACUGACUAAGUACAAUAAAUCACUAUGAACAUAAAUCGUACACACCCCCCGGAAAGUUUACUCUAUGACUGUUUGACUGACUGAUUCGUGUGAAUUCGCCAGCCAUCACAAUAGUGUGAAGUGAAACUUCACACUAAAAAUGAUAGUUCAACAUAUAUUCGGAUUGAAAUAGGCUGCACUAGAUUGAGCGUAUCACUUAUUAUGUUAACUUAUUCAUGCAAUGGCUUAAUAUAUUUUUAUUCUGUGGACUUACCACCUCAGAAUACAACUUUAUACACGUCAAGAAAAUGCACAAAACACUUUUGUGGUUUACCUUAAUAUAUUUAGUCAAGGUCAUUUUUGGAAAUAAUUUUUUGUGCAUAAAAAAGUUUAGUUAUAAAAGUUUAUUGGUUUAAAAGUUUAUUUGAAUUUUAUAUACUGGAUGUAGUAUGUACAUGCAUACCUUGUGAUGAAUCGCACUCACAGUCUUGUAAAAGGUCACUGGACCGGCCUUUGACACCCGGAGAUUUAUACCCGAAGAUUUGUGCCCGCCUGCCCGGAGAAAAAAGGGUUGUUCGAUUUGACAAACUCGUGGUUGAGGAAUUUUCAGAACUGCUGCUGUUUGUAUGAUAGUUCUUUUGUGAUUACGUUGAGGAUAACUAAUAUAAAAUAAGUAUAUUUGGGGACAAAAGCUUCAAGUACAUUAUUGCUGAUCUAGAACGGUAAAAAACUUACUUAUUUUGUAAUAUAUAGCGACGUAAUUGCACGCGAAUUGUUGUUUUAUUUUCUUGUAUUUAUAUUGCUAAAUUUAGUUGUUUGGCUAAGUACUUUGUUGCCUUGACUAAAUAUGCUUUUAAUUGGACCUUUUGAGUCAUAUGUAGUGUGUCUGCAAUGUAAAAUGAUCUGUUUUUGUAGCGUAAAUAAUAUAAACCGUAUCUUGUGGAGUAUCAGUGUGGAAGUACUUCAUUUAAGCGUAAUAUACAGUCCCUCAGAAGGCGCGAGAGGUUGGUAGGUGAUUAGUACUCAGUACGAAACCCCUGCGCGUGAACAUUAUUGGUCCUUCGAGCCGGAUCGACAAUUAGCAAGCAGAGACAAUGUUGGUAUCUCAGUCUACAAGAUCACACAAAACCAGGGGGGUGGUGGACCCUCCAAAUACACAUGACAAGGAUUCCCAACAUGAUAAUGUACAAGUCGAAGUCAAUGCAGAAAAUUCAAACCCCUUGUUAACAGGGGGUGGAGACCCAACGGAAGUAGCAGUCAAAGCAAUCAAGAGAUGCCGGUUUAGAAGACGGGCUCUAAGGUAUAUGAUUGGAAGAUACUCUGAUGCUACCAGGCAAUUGAUGGAACAAGGGGGUAGUAGAGCGACCAUCAAGAAAAACCUGGGUGAUGUUCUGGAAACAUUCAAAGAAAUCGGACCCCUUCAUACCCAACUUGAGGAACAUCUUCAAGAUGAUGAGGAACUACUAGAUGACAUGAUGACAUUAGCCAACAUAAAACUGGAAGUCAAUACUAUCACUGGUAUGGUGCAAGAACAUCUGGAGGAGAGAGCAUCAGGAUCCAACAGUUCUAGCAAGUCGCAAAAUAGUUCUCUGCGUAGCAGAUCGCCCCCUGUCAUACAACAGGAAAACGCAGACUGCCAAGAUGAGUUCGACAAGCAAGAUGAGGAAAACCGAGAGGCAGACAAACAGCGGUCACAGUAAGCUGCCCAGCUAUCGGAAUUAUCCCGACAGAAGAGAGCAAAAGCAGCCCAGCCGCAGGAACAAGCCAAUGAAGCCGAAAGGCAGUCUGCAGUCACGAGCAAGAAAAGAGACAUCCCAAGACCUACAACACCUGCUUUUCCUAAAGAAAGAGAGCUCCACGGUACAGAGAAAGCUGCCCUCUAUGUAAAGCAUCUCGAUCAAAUUAGAGAACUAAAACCAGAUGUUGAAUGCGCCGUGAUGAUCGACAAGAAGAGGAAGAUUGGAUUGUUCAAUUCCAAAAGGAUCGCAACGUUGAACUGAGAACUGUAGACCCUGGAAAGAUCCCAGUUAGAGCAGAAGUCCCAGUCUAUCAUGGUGACCCCUUGCAGUGGCUUUCUUGGAGUGGCCUGUUUAAAGCACUAGUCCAUGACACGAGAAUGACCUCGGAAGCGAAAAUGGGAUUCCUGCAUACAAAAUUGUCGAAAGACUGUGAGCAGGUUAUCGCUGGCCUAUUCCCUGAUGAUGAGGGAUAUGCUGAAGCAUUGAUGUUGUUGCGAGAUCAAUAUGGUCACCCUACCAUGCUGCAAGUUGCACAUCUCCAAGUGUUAAAGUCAUUAGCUCCAAUAGAUAUGGUGUCCCAAGAGAAUUUGUCCUUAAAGUUCCAAUCGUUUGUUGAUCGAGCAAGAAGCCACCUCGCAGUACUCCGCCGAUACUGCAAAGGGGAGUCGCCCUUUGUAUCCUCCCUUAUCUACGAAUUAACCGACAAGUUGCCACAAGACGAUGCAAAGGCUUGGCGCACCAAGGUUGGCAAGAGGCAAGUUGCGAUGACAUUAGGGGAAUUUAGCACCUGGCUUGGAGCUAGAGGGAGAUCCUAUUGGAGCGCACUACCACCUAGCAACAUUACUUGUGACCAUCGAAGAAGAGACCGGAGAUCUCUGCACAAUCAAGGAAAAGCUCCCAAGUGUUCGAAAUGCAGUGGUGACCACAAGGCAAAGAACUGUGUUCAAUUUAAGGAACUGUCAGUCGAAGACCAGUUAAACUUUGCCAAAGAGAAGCGGCUCUGCUUCAGUUGCUUGGAGGAGUAUCACAUUUCCCGGAAUUGCAAAUAUAAGAAAGAGUGGCAUAUCGGGUUGCAAAGUGAAACAUCAUACCCUGUUGCAUCCGGAACAAAAUGCCCAUACUACAACCACGAAGACACCCCAUUCAGGCAUUGCCUUUGGAAUUGUUGAAGUGUCUGUAAUUGGUGCUAGUGGUAACGAAGUUAAAUGAAACCUCCUACUUGAUGAUGGCUCGGAUACAACGUUUGUAUCCGAAUUGUUUGUGAAGAAGUUGGGAUUGAGAGGGAAGAAAACGACUCUCCAUAUUUCUGGUGUUGGAGGUAAAGCGAGACGAAGGCAUCAACUGAGGUGAUCCUCCGAGUGAAGACCCCUGAAGGAAGUAACAAGCAUGUCAACCUCAAAGCAUGGAGUCUUGAAUCAAUCUGUCAACCCAUUGAGACAGUUCCAUGGCCAGAUAUAAAAACGAACUGGAGAAACUAGAUUUGCGAACUGUUGGUGGUGAAGUCGACAUCUUGUUAGGACUUGAUCAUGCGGACUUGCUGGUACCACUAGAAGUCAUGACGGGAAGACCCAAGGAACCUGUUGCAAAGAAAACAAGUUUUGGCUGGACGGCCGUUGAUCCCAUUGGAGGAUCUGAUACCAGACCUCGUGUGCAUCAUGUUUCCUGUACGGAUACAGAACCCCUCGACGCUGCGUUCAAAAGGUUUUGGGAAAGCGAAUCUUUUGGAACGAAACCAACGAACGAGCCAAUCUACUCAAAAGAUGAAAAAUGUGCGAUGGACUUAUUAGAACACAGAACUGUAAAGUUGGAAACUGGUUAGCAAGUCCUGUUGCUGUGAAAAGAAAAGCAGCCACGAUUACAAAAUAACCGCCAAGUUGCCCUAAAGCGAUUAGAAGGUUUGGAAAGACGUUUCGAGCGAGAUCCAGAAUACAAAAAGGACUAUCUCAAAGCUAUUGGAAAAUACGUGGAGAACGGUUAUGCUGUGAAAGUAAAUGAAAACGACAAUGUAAAUGGGCCAGACCAGUGGUAUUUGCCGCAUCACGGUGUCUACAAGAAGUCUGCAACUGAAAAGAAGCUCCGAGUUGUGUUUGAUGCUGCAGCCAAGUAUAAUGGAAAAUCCCUGAAUGACGCACUUUUACCUGGACCAAUUCUGCAGAACGAACUACCUAAUGUACUGACGAAAUUUACAGAAGGGGACAUAGGAUUUGGAGCUGAUAUCGAAGCCAUGGUUAGCAGAAUACGACUACGCGAAGAAGAUGCGAGGUACCAUCGCUUCCUUUGGAGAGAGAAAGACAGUGACAAGGUCGACACCUACCAGAUGAACCAUUUAGCCUUUGGUGACACAUCAUCACCCUGUGAAGCAAUCUAUAUAACCCGUCGCACAGCUGCUGAUUUUGGCAUAGGAAAGGAAGAAGUUGUAAAGGCCAUUGAAGAGAAUAUGUAUGUUGAUGAUUACCUUGACUCAGCAGAAUCAACAAAAGAAGCAAUCCACCGAGGGAAACAAGUGAAGAACGCUCUAGCUGAAGGUGAUCUCCAUCUCAGGAACUGGAUAUCCAAUUCUCCAGAAGUGACUGCUGCACUCGGAAAUGAUCAGGCCGACUCAGAACCAGAAGGAAAUGUGGCCAAUCUCGCCAAUCAUGAGCCGGAAACGAAAAUCCUCGGAGUGAAAUGGAACACGCUUUUGGAUGAACUCACCUUCAGUGUGACCCCUAUCGAAGAUGUGACCUACACCAGAAGAGGUCUACUAAAUAAACUAGCAGGACUAUUUGACCCUCUUGGAUUUUGUUCCCCCUACACGAUCAAAGCGAAGAUCCUUACCCAGCAAUUGUGUCUUCUGGGACUGGAUUGGGAUUAUCCUAUUCCACCUUCUCAGCUGAGCAAAUGGAAGGACUGGCUGUCAAAACUACCGGAGUUAGAAAAAAUAAAAAUACCACGUUGCAUACAACCACAAAAGGCAGAGGGUGAAAAGCUCCGAACUUCAUACAUUCUGUGACGCUUCGGAGGAGGCUUUUUCGGCCGUAGUGUACCUGCGAAGCUUGUAUGCGGAUGGAAAUGUGGUGUGCUCUAUGAUAAUGGGCUAUGACAAAAGUGGCCCCCAAGAAAGCGCUGAGUGUUGCUCGACUCGAAUUGCAAGCCGCUCUUCUGGGUGCACGUUUAGCAACGUACAUUCGCAAGGCUUUAACCCGGCCUAUAAAUCGUCUCGUUUUCUGGACCGACAGCAAAUGCGUCAUUGGCUGGGUGCGUUCCACUGCCGUAUGGUACAAACCCUUCGUGGCCCACCGCAUUGGUGAUAUCCCAACUUUGACUGACUCGAAGUCCUGGUGCCAUGUACCAGGUCGGUUGAACGUGAGCGACUACGCCACUCAAUCAAGAUUUGACGGUAAAACAGAGAUUAUCCCCGAAAGGUGGUUCACAGGACCAGCGUUUCUUUACCAGAGUGAAGACCACUGGCCCAAAGAAACUCCAAUUGAAGAAACACACGAGCCAACAGAGAUGACACCAAGCAAAGUGUUCAUCGCAAACUCGAAGAAAGACUCCACCGAUCUUCCAGCCAAUAUAAUUUUGACGCGGUGCUCAACCUUGUGGAAAGCCCGACGAGUGAUGGCGCAAGUUGAACGCUUUGUCGCCUUAUGUAAAGGUACCGAGCCUGCUAGUGGAGUCAUGACGGUUGAAGAAUUAAGAGUAGCAAUGGUCGCUUUGGUACGUCAAUGCCAAUGGGAGGCAUUUUCCAAUGAAUUCGAAUCACUGGAAAAGAGCAAAUGUGUUGAUCGACGUUCGAAACUGCUUUCAUUCACGCCGUAUUUAGAUAAGAACAAUGUAAUUCGCAUUGGUGGACGACUGGAUCGAGCCAAACUACCCUAUGAAGUACGACAUCCGAUUAUCUUACCGCAGAAGCAUCGUUUAACUGAGUUGAGUGUCGAUUGUUACCAUCGCCUUGAGAACCAUGGAGGUGUCGACCAUGUACUUGCUGCCAUCCGCAAUAAAUUCUGGAUAAUUCAUGGACGACAAGAGGUGAAACAGUUCAAACGAAGAUGCCAAAAGUGCAAGUGAGAAGGAGCCAAGGGGGGCCAUCAGCUAUUGAGUGAACUGCCGACCAAAAGAAUGACGCCCAUGCAACUGGCGUUCUACCAUGCCUCUGUAGACUACUUUGGCCCGAUCACGGUUCGGCCUACUCGUAACACUACAGCGAAGAGAUACGGCGCUCUAUUCACUUGUAUGACCACUCGAUGCGUCCAUCUCGAAGUUGUAAAAUCUUUAUCAGCACCUGAUUUUCUACAAGCCCUCCAUAAAAUGAUGGCAAGACGCGGACAGCCACGUCCCAUCUACAGCGACAAUGGUACAAACUUUGUUGGCGCAGAGUGCGAACUGAAGUCCAUGGUGAAGAAAUUGAAUGAAAGUGAAGAUCUUCAAAACCGCUUGACGAGGAUUGGAGAAGGAAUUUGUUGGAAGUUUCAACCCCCGGCGAGUCCUCACUGGGGGAGGAGUUCAUGAAAGUUUGGUAGAGUCCGUCAAAAGAGCCCUGUAUCGUACGAUAAAUCCGAACAAGAAGACCAAGCGAUCAAAUACGACUGAUUUGCAAUUGUCCGCCUUGUUUGCAGAGGUUGAAAGAUUUGUCAACUCUAGACCGAUUACGUAUGUAAGCAGCGACCCAAAAGACAUCGAAGCCCUGACACCGUACCAUUUCUGGCUGAAUCGAUGUUCACCAGUCAUUCCUCUCGGAGAUUACAGUCGGCCGAAUUUCCAAGAUCGUUUUAGACAAACGCAACAUCUCGCGAAUCUUGUGUGGCAACAGUGGGUAAAACUAUAUCUACCGACCCUGUUGACUCGUAAGAAGUGGAAGACUGAAGAACGAAACUUAUCGGUCAAUGAUGUAGUUAUUGUUUUCGAACCUAAUCUCAAGCGUGGUGAAUGGAAGUUAGGAAGAAUUCUCGAAGUUUUCCCAGGAAAGGAUGGGCGUGUGAGAGCUGCAAAGAUCAAGACGAGCCAAGGUGUUUGUACCAGACCGAUCACGAAACUUUGUGUCCUUGAAGAAAGCAAGAAAAUGGAUGAUCGUCGUCCCAACCGGAUCGAGACGAACGAUGGGGAGGAGUGAUUUAUACCCGAAGAUUUGUGCCCGCCUGCCCGGAGAAAAAAAGGUUGUUCGAUUUGACAAACUUGUGGUCGAGGAAUUUUCAGAACUGCUGCUGUUUGUAUGAUAGUUCUUUUGUGAUUACGUUGAGGAUAACUAAUAUAAAAUAAGUAUAUUUGGGGACAAAAGCUUCAAGUACAUUAUUGCUGAUCUAAUAUAUAGUGACGUAAUUGCAUGCGAAUUGUUAUGUUUUAUUUUCUUGUAUUUAUAUCGCUAAUUUUAGUUGUUUGGCUAAGUACUUUGUUGCCUUGACUAAAUAUGCUUUUAAUUGGACCUUUCGAGUCAUAUGUAGUGUAUUUGUAAUGUAAAAUGAUCUGUUUUUGUAGCGUAAAAUAAUAUAAACCGUAUCUUGUGGAGUAUCAGUGUGGAAGUACUUCAUUUAAGCGUAAUAUACAGUCCCUCAGAAGGCGCGAGAGGUUGGUCGGUGAUUAAUACUCAGUACGAAACCCCUGCGCGUGAACAGUCACAAAAGAAUUUGAACUUGUCAACUUCUUUAAUCUUGAGGUUGCUGCCAUCUUCACUGAAAUCAGGGAUGAUUUCAUCAAACAAUGUGUUUGCAGUUGGUAAGAACCUGGCAGCUACAAUCCGGGCCAAAACUCAUGUGGACACUUAACUCACUUUUGCAAAAAUCAUAACAAACACCUAAAACUUGAAUUUACUUGCACAUCCCCCACUCCCCCUCUUCAAUGUUGCUUAUCCGACUUAACCACACUUCGUAUUUGAUGAAAAAUCCCAUUCAACAUUAGCAUGGGGGAGUGGGGGAUAAUUAUGUAGGAAAAACGCCAUUCAAGGCCAAAUUCUGUGGGUUGUCCACAACGUUUUGUCCAGGAUUGUAGCAUACUUUUCCACAACAAAUGGUUCCAUGCCAGAUUGAUUUUCUUUCACAACAUCCGGCAUCACAUCAAAGGAGUUUAACCCAACAAUAAGUUGAUCUAACAUCGGUAAAUACUUCACAAAAUCAAACAUAACAAUUGCCCUAAAAGAAAUUAAGUCAAUUUAAUGCAUCAUGUUAAUACCUGUACCCAUUUUGUAUGAGCGGCGAAUUUUAUGAACCAUUUUUUCGCUACUACGGUGUGACUACGAGUAGUUGCGUAGUAGCCUGGUAUAGUGUUUCACGUACCGACAUGUCAUAUAAGGGUCUGAUAAGUGCCAGACAACGUGUUACACGCAUUUAUAAUUGCGUUGAAAACACGCAGUUGCCAAGUAACUACAGUGUUAAUUGACGCAAUUAAUAUACAUGCCAGAUAUGUCAAAGGACGGAAUGAUAAACGAUACUGGUGGUGAAACUACGUGUAGUUGCGUAGUAGCCACGGGAGAUCUACAUGCCAGAAAUUGGUGUGCAUGCGAAACAAGAUAAACAGGCACUGUAAAGCAUGGCUUCGAAAAGGGCAAAAGUCGACUUUUCUGCUGAAGCCAUUUUGCGAAAAAUCCAAGAGAGAAAAGAGCAUUUAAACCAUAUAAAUACCUUAAAAGUUCAACUGGUAUUAGAGGAGGUUACGGAUAGUCUGAGAAGUUUAAGGAAACAUGUAAACUUUGAUGUAGUUGGCUUGCUCGCGUUUAUGUUCGGAUUCGAAGCAAUCAUGUGGAUUAUGUUAGCAAUCAGACAUGUACCCAAAACCUUCGCGAGAUACAAAAAUAGUCGCUGCAACAUUAUUUUUACAAUAAUCGAUCACUUAUGCCCCUGCCGGUUUUCAGUGACAUUGGUUGAUGAUAUUGUUUGUUUUCUGGAAGAAUUUGCGCCUGAAAGCCCUUUCUUGGGAAAUUAUUCUGCUGUUUUUGAGGAAGGAAGCCUUAUGUACCCUCAGCAAAAGAGAGAAAUUAAAUUUUGGUGGUUUCAUCGUGCCUCCAGUGGAGGACUACUUGAGAUGUGGAUCCAUUUUGUCAGCUCCAAAUCCUCCGAGCAGUUGUACUUUGUAUACAAUCACUGGCCCUAAACAGUGCACGAAACUGGUGCUUCGAUGUAAGGACUGCAAAGUCUCGUAUGGUCACUCAAUGAUAGCUGAAGGCAAAGGAAACGCUUCCUACUAUUCUGAGGCUAUAGCCGCUGCUGCUGAUCUUAUUGAAGUGACCAAUGUUGUAUACAUGGAGAAAAGAUUAUACAGAUGGCUACCGUCCCUUAUGUAAGUAAUUAAAAUAUAGAUAUUAAAUAUAUACGGUAUUGGUAUAGACAUAGUAAAUUCAGUUUAAUUUCUUUGUAUGACGUCUGAUGACCACUCUAAGUUUGUUCAACUUGCGGUUGUUCAACUUCACAUUUAUUGCCUGCAUGCAUGGAUAUCAGCAAUAUUAAACACAAGUUAUAUGACCUAUUUUCUUUUUGCAGGAAUCAUUGUUUUGUUUCAUUUGAGGGAUUUUCAGUAUCCUAUAAUGAGUUGUUCAGUCGCAAAAUUAGAGAAAAUUUUGAAUCGGGUAAUUUCAUUUACAUUCUUGGACUUAUUACUAUUAGUUCAUUUCUUCGAAUAUAUAAAAAUACUUUAAUAUAGUUUAUAAUAACAUGAAUCGCAUUUAGAUGUUACAGGAGAUCAAAAUGACAACAAGCAUAAAAAUUUUGUCCCCAGUUUCUCAGAUGGUAAGCAACUAAUGUAUCUAUAAUUUUCAAUAUGGUUGUCACUUGUCAUGUAAAAGAGCAAGAAUUCCUUGACCUUGUUAUUGUUAUCAUAUUAUAAAGCUUUCUAUUAUAAAGUGUCUCGAAUUCAUGUAUUUUAUAAUACUGAUAAAACCUGUCAUGCAUGUUUAAAAAUUUCUUCAUGCAACUUUUAAAAUUUGAAAAAUUAAACGUUAAAUUUUUAAAUUUUAAAGAGUAAAAAAAAACUAUGUAUGUCCGCCUGUCUAGCUUUUAAAUUGCGGAAUUGAAAUAAACUGUAGAUGCUGUUAACUAACCAUACAAUUAACUAAAUUUCAAUGUAUUCAAAUAAUUCAGUGUCCAGUGAGCGUAAGGUUGUUAUACGUUUACUAACUUAUAGUUAUCUACUUUCACACAAAAUUAGAAACUGGACCUAUGGCUAUGAAGAUAAAAUUAUUAAACUAUAUAUUGCAAUGAACCUUGUAGAAUUCCUUGACGGAGAAUUGGAAUUGGAUGAUGACAACGACGAGGAACCUGUGCACGAUACAUCAGGUAAUUUAUAGAUGACAAUGACAUUACUAAGGCUAAUUAAGUAACAUAUGUGCAGUAUACGUAAAAUGCUCUAAUUACUCAUGGAGGAUGUUGUUUCUGUAAUCAUUCUGUAACUCCCUAGGGCCCUUACGAUGCAUUUGGCUCGACUGCGGUUGAUGCCAUUACAGGUCAUCAUGAAAGUUUUUGAAAUAAUUUUUUAAUUAAACAACCUAGCUGUCCCCCAAGAAAAUAUCCGAUCAUGAUCUAAUGACAUUCUAGUAUUUCCAUCUGAUCAAUAUAAUAUCUAAACAGUUUUUCUCAUUUAAUUUAUCCUGGUGCUAGUGUCAACACUCAAAAAUUAAUUGCACCCGCAUUACGGAAUGAAAUGUUGAUAUAUUAAUUUUAAUUAAAACAUGCAUAUAUAUACUCUAUAUUAUACAGGGUGUGAACUGAACAGAUUUGAAAUUGCUCUCAAUUUUGUAAAACAAAAGUUGUUGGGUUGAAGAAUAUGUUGGGUUUUUAAUUAUUAUAAGUAAACGCAUGCUUUGAGGGAAAUUAGUGAUUAAAUGUCCCCGCAAACCGAGGAAGGUUUACUUUUACUAAACCUCCCAAGGUUUGCGGGGUCAUUUAAUUACUAAUUUCCCUCAAAGCAUGCGUUUAGUUUGUAAAAACAUGGUAGCCGAGGGAAUCGCGCGUGGUGUUUGAUUGUCUUAUGAUUGUGGGAUGAACACUUUUCAUAUAUACGUACGCGGAGAAAAACAUCCCCGUGUUCAUUCUUUUCAGGGAUUGCAGAAUAAAAACUGGCAAAGUGAUUGUCCGAAUGUGUACGGGACGGUGUCGUCAGAUACUGUCCGAUGAUUUUCAAUGAGGUACAGCUCUCCAAUGAGAGGUAUUAAGUGAGGUACGCUUUUGUUUUCUAAAUUUCCCUCAAGCAUGCAGGGGAAAAUUAGAAGACAAGGAAAUCUUUUGUUUUCAACUAAAUUUCCCCGUUUCCCGAGGAAAUUUAGAAGACAAAAGUGUAUGCAUGGGUAAUGAGGGAAACACGUGAUUAAACGUCCCUGUUCAAACAAAAGAAACCCAGUGCUACCAUGUGUUUACUGUACAAAAUUUCAGACAAGUUGCUUUAGUUUAAGCCUUUAACUAUUCAUUUUCCCCUAAAAUAUCAGCCUUUCGCAUGCUUUAACCUUCACCUAAUUUGCAUAUUGCUGACAUAUGCAAAUUAGGCAAAGCAUUAAUUGCGCAUGCAAAAGGUGAUUUUUCAGAAAAAAUGCAAGUUUGCGUAUAAAUAGUUAACAGGCUUAAACUGAAGCAAAUUGUCUGGAAUUUUGUGCAGCAAUUAAACGUCCAACACAUUUUUCACCCAUUAACUCAAAAUACGAAUAAAGCUUUUAAUUCUCGUGCGCCAGCCAUUUUUAGUUUGUUGGAAAAGACAACACCCCUGGUUUACAAAAUUUGAGUUGGAGAAAUUUUAUUCAUUAUUGUACAUUAUAAACUACCAAAGAAGCUAUAUAUAUCAAACACUGGAUACUAAUAGCUGUUUUGCGAAAUGGAGAGCAAUUUCAAAUCGGUUCAGUUUUUUUUAUACACCUUGUAGAUAAAGAUUUCAUAUAUCAAAUAAACAAUAUACAUUGUGUAUAUUUUCUUAGAAGAUGAUAUGCUCAAUACCUGCUGUGCCGCAACAAAAAUUGCCUUUGAAACACAAAGCUGAUAAAGGUAAAAAUGAUAAAUUAAGAUAAUUGUCCUUAAUAAUUCUGUAGUCUAAUAUUGAAUUUCAUGCAGUUAUAUUUAUACGUAUACUGUAGUACUAUGCGUGUACUUUAUUUUAGCUCACAUUCCUGGUGAACUUCACCGUAAAUCAGUUGCUAUAGCAUUCUGGGAAUAUGAGCUUUAUCAGGAGCUUUGUGACAUGGGUAUAGACUGUAUAGCAAGUAAGUGGGUAUUCACAAAAGCGCAAGUAGCUACUAAUUUGUCUGGUUCCAAAGAUGCUGCCACUGAAUACAUUGUGGCAAAUCAAGUUUCAAAUACCUAUGGACAUGAAUGUUUCAAAGGAUGUGGGAGUAAAGGUAAUUAAAACAUCGAAUCAUAUAGUUAAAUACUUGUGUUAGUAAAUACAUGUUAGUUAAUAAUACUAGUAUAGUAAGAUUAUAGAAAUCAUGAAUGAUACGUGAUUCUGUUUGUAAAUGUCUAGGUUGUGGAAAACUGUAUGUUUUAGAUGGGAAUUGGAAGCUGUGUUAUGCACACUGUAUGUUUCCAGUUCCUGUCACUAUUGUUGAAUAUGAAAAGGAAUAAAUUAUCCAAAAGUUUGUCCCCGGAAUCCAGAGUACAAGUCAGCAUUCUGUGAUAGGCAUUUGGCCAUGGUCAUGAGCAAAAGCAUUCCUACAGGUUUAAAGGAAUUUUUGCAGUAUUGCAAAAACAAGAAUAAAGGUAUAUAAAGCAUGUUGAGAUAAUCACGCAUGCAGAACUACAAAAAUUCAUUAAUUAAAGUUACAUAUAGGCUUCUUGAUAGUGCUGACAUAAUUCCGAAAUGUAACCUAUUUGCCCGACAUUUGUAGACCCUACUAAUCUACUGGAAGAUCUGGAAUUAGAUAUCUCUGAUUGCAGUGAAGAUAAUGCUGCAGUAUAUCAAGGUAUAGUAUGCCAGAUGCUUCAAAAUAUAUGUUAUAUAUAAUAUACAAUAUAAAUUGGCAGUAUUCCAGCUAAUGGAUUCGUGAUAUCAGAUUGUGAUCCCGUUUAUAAACGUGAUAAAGAGAAUAUUUUUUAAAGUUUAGUCAGCUACACUUAAUUAAUUAGCUAGAGAAUAGAGUUUAUGUUGUUAAUCCCAAGAUACAAUUGAAGCGUCUUUUAUGGUGUGUCACACGACAAAACAUUGAUUUCCGUCCAAGAAAUUGCUUGAACUUAGUUUGAUAUGCAUUGAUCGAGGUUGUUAUUCUUUUCAAUUCUACUUUUAAAGGUACCAGGAUGUUCAUGGUAAAAAAUGUGAAAUUGGUCGAGGACUGUGAGGAGGCUGAAGUGGUGUCGUGCAAUAAAGAUACUGUGGGGAAAACACGCUUACAGAAAUGGUCAAGGGGAAUAUUUGUUAUAGCAUCAG